AUGUUUUCAGAAAGAUUAGUAAGAGUUACUUUGACUUUACCAAAAGUUGAAGGUAAUCUCAAAUGGGAAUCAGAUGCUUAAACAACUACUUCUAGAUCAAGUAUCACUCUUAUUUAUAUUUAGGAAUCAUUUCAAUCAAUGCUAGACCUUAAUAAUUUGGCAGUAGAUUUCAUAAACAUACUAUGACUUCUAUUGUCUCUCCAAAAUAACUCUAAUUAUACACUCCUAUGUAAGAAAGCAAAAGAGCAAAGUAAUUAAAAAAUAUUCCUUAUGAACUCUAAUAUUUUACUCCAAAACUUCCAAAUAAAAACUUUACUUCUAGCCAUCUAAUGAGUGAUGAAUUACUUAAACCUUCAUCUGAUAAUAUAGAAAAUAAAGACAAAUGGCAGAUUAAAUCCCAUAUUCCAAAAACAAAUAAUGUGUUCAGUUUAUGUUAAAUAAAAAGACUUAGUAAAUAAGAGAAAAAUAAUGAAAAAUCAUAAGAUUUAACUUAAAUUAGAAAAUAAAAUAUUCGAAAUAUUGAGAAUGAAAAAAUCAAAGUAAAUUUAAACUAUUUAUCAUAUUUAGAGAUAUAAUAAAUAUAGAUAAGCCACUAAAAAGUUGAUUGAUCAAUUUGCCUAAUAAUUUAAUACUCGUGCUAAAAUAGACAAUUUCAGCUUGAAUCUAUGA